UAUAAAGAGGGAGAGAUGGGCCGAUGCUCAGUGUGGAGCAAAGGAGAGCUUCUGAAACAUCACCCCCGGCUUGCUUCUGCUACCUCGCCAGAGAUCCCCACCGCUGCCACCGCCUUCUCACCUUCAAGAGCCACCAUGCAUCCCUCCGUGGCUGUCGUGGCCGUCCUGCUGAUCACCUCUCCUUUCCUCCUCUUCCAGGCUGAAGCCCAUGCCGACCCCAGCCUCUGCUGCUUCACGUACGCAAAGAGACAAGUUCCUCGGAAACUCCUGGUCUCCUUCGAAUAUGCAAACUCCAUGUGCCCAAAGCCGGCUAUCAUAUUUAUUACAAAAGAAAACAGGCGGAUCUGCGCCGAUCCCCAGGCAGACUGGGCCAAGAGCUACAUCGAAUUUCUCCAGAAUAAAAGAAACUGACAGCCUCGGCUCUACCUCCCCCCCUUCCCCCCCUAGAAGCCAUGGAAAGGCCACCCACCCUUCGGAUGGGGGGGGUCUGGCGAGGACGCUAAUACUUGACCCCUCUUGUAACAGUUGCACAGUAAUAACUUAAAAUGUUUAUUUCAAGUGUGUUUUGUUUGAAAGAAUGCACCUUAUUUAUGUUUGUUAUGUUUAUUUUAUAAACUUUUAUUAUUUUCCUCUUUGAAAAGGCGGCUGGCUGUUGACUGUGUUGCCAAGAGGACUCGCCGUGCGAAUAAAGCUCAGGGCCAAAGGACUCGUGUACAGUGGUGCCUCGCUAGACGCUGAUAAUCCGUUCCACUGAAAUUGCUCUUUA